AUUUGUUGACCGUCAUCUAUAUGAUCCUUGUGAAACUUCUGUGUGGUUAAAUUGUAUUAAGAUUUUGAAUUAACUUUUCUUUUUUAUCGUUUUAUAGUUGGCGGCAGUGAAUCAUUAAGGCAGUACUGGAAGAUGUACCUUCCCAGAGCACUGGCAGUGAUUUAUGUUGUGGACUCAGCAGAUCACAGUCGCUUCCCCCUUGCCAAAAGGCAUCUUCAUCAGCUGAUCCAGCAAGAUUCUUUGUUGCCCUUGUUGGUGCUUGCCAAUAAACAGGUACUUUCCAGUUUACACCCUUUUAUAAUCAGGCAUGGACAGUAGUUUAGUUUAGACAAUAACCGAGAUUAAGAGAGACAGUCCAAGAAUCACCAAAAGCUUGCCCUAUUGGUCAUACGUGCUUAUGAGGGCUCAUAAUGUGUAACAAUUUGUCAACUUAUCCAGUUUAGAAAUUGGGGAGAGAUUGUAUUUUCUUGAUAUCGUUGCAUUUUUCAAAAAGUUAUAUAAUAUAUAAGCCUUCAAAGAGCCAAAAUUUCGCACACAAAAAUUUAUAAUUUAAAAUCUAAAAAUGUCUUCUGCAGUGCUAGGUACGUGUUGGAUUUUAAGGAAUGAUUUAAAAGAACACUCUGGUCACCAUAACAACUUCACUCUUACCUUAAGGGGUUAAACCAUUCUCAAUUUGGUCAGCAUAAGUCUAGGGUCUGAGGAAAUACCUUGUACAGUGCAAAACGGGUUAGCAUUUCCCUCCUUUGUGCCUCCUCUGCACAUUGUGUUCUAAUGUAUUUUUAAUACUUUGUGUUCAACAAAGAACAUCUCUAACUGACCAGAUUGAAUCUGAGGUUUUUGUCCAACAUGUGGAGCCAACACUAUGGAAGCUUUAGUUGUCCUGAACCUCAUUUGGAUCAAAGUGAUUUAACUCUGUUAAAAAUAGAAUAUUUGAAGGGACACUCCACUGCACAGAAAAAAACUAAACAUUGUUUAGUAAUGUACCUCAAUUGAAAGCAUGCAUGCAUUUAACAAUGCAUUUUAUUAUUAUUAUUUUUUAUAUUGGGGUAUAUCACGUGAACGCUGCAGUUCUCUUGUCUGCUGCCUUUGCAAGCCCUUCACUUCUUCUCCAGUCCAGACUUUCUGUGACUGUCCAUUUGCAGGCGUCCCAGUGCAGUUCAACGAGAAGUCUUUGCAAAGAAUUCACGCUGGGUAAUUGCUGCCUCUUGAGUUUAGCUCCACUGAACUAAACAGACCAGGAAGCAACAAGAUCUGUUGUCUGCUUUAAAGCCAGGGGGUGCAACAUGGUUUAUUUAUAGAACUGCCCAUAUCUAUUGAAAUCUGCAUCUUUUUGUAAAAUAAAAUAAAGGCACAUUCUUCACACACAGAAUUUCAUCAAGCUAAAGUGUUUUAGGGGUCCAAAGUGUCCCUUUAAAGAAAUUGCUCGGUUUCGAACACAAUUUGUAACUUAAACCUAAUUGAAUUUGUAUUCAGUAGUCAAAAAAUAGUGUUUAACUCAGCUGUGCCACAAAUUCAUUUCUUAAAUAAAUCCAAUAGGCAUCACACUGAUGCAGCAGAAAGGCCAAACUUGACAAGGGCUUAUACAGCUGAAACAUUGAUAUGCUGGAUACUGCAGCUUCAGUGUGAUGCCAUACACUCUAUGUGUAGAGGAAUAGGGGAUCCCCAGUAUGGAGUGCUAUUGCUGAGCUCCUUAUUUUUCUAAAUUCUUAAAUGUAUCACACACACAUUUUGUGCACAGCAAGUUUUCAGAUUGUGGAAGAAACACAAAAAGUAUAUUUUUACUAUUGCUUAUGUUGUUAUUUCUUUCUAGGACCUUGCAAAUGCAUACCACAUCACUGAAAUUCACGAUGCUCUGGCACUUUCUGAAAUUUGCGUACACAGGAAGCUAUUUUUGAUUGGUACACAUGCGACAAUGGACGGUUCUGAAAUUUCUUCUGGUAUCGAGGACACUCGGGAAUUUCUCGCACAAAUCAUUUCUGAAAACUCUGCUGUAACAGUAUAAUCCCCAGUCACUCCACCCCCAAUAUCCCCAACACAUUACAAAACAUAUUUAAAAAAUAAGCAAAACCUCUGAAAUUUACUACCACUCCAAGUUUUUGUGCUCCCUAUGGAAUAUUGCCUCUUCCAAUAGAUGGAAAAUUGAUAGUAGAAUAGAUUAGAAGAGAAUCUGACCAUGCAUUAAACGAUGAAACAUCUCUUUAUAGCCCUUCUAAAAUGUUAUAUUUACAAUUCUGUUAUUAAACAAACAUCUGUUUCAAAGUACAAAUGUUUCCUGUAAGAGACAAUCAAAAAGCUGAACCAUAUCCUACACGCAAUGGUUCACUUAGCCAUCCUGCAAAAUGUUUUUCAUAAUGAUCUCCAUUAAUCUGUUAUUCACGUUGGACAGGUACACAUUAUUUAUGUAGUGAAUUCAGUAGAAUCUAAACAUUUGGUGUUGGCAAUAAUGAUUUUGGUUAACAAAAACAAACAGUCCAUUAAUUUAUAUAAUUUGCUUUUGAUUUGAGAGCUAUUCUAUAUUUAUAGAUCUUACUAAAACUAUUACGGUUUGCUAACUUUAAUAUUUGCUGUCAAUAUUGAAUCAACCUGUGUACUUUGAAUGAUUUAGAGCAGGGGUACCAAAAGUCAAUUUACCCAGAACAGAAGCCAGGUCAAUGUAUCCCAUAGGAGUCAUAGAACCCGACUGCCAGAUGUGCAUGUACACACACAUGUGCUUACUCACAAAUACACACUCCAAUACAAAAACAAAGUAACACUCAAUAUAUGUUACCCCCAUUCCAAUCACAUGUAGCAUGGUUGAGCUAUUAAUGGAUUCUGCUACCCUGCACUGUGUGUGCUUUGUUAAGCCUCAUCACUAAAAUCCCAGCAUGCAACUACAGAAUGCUGGCACUUUCAUCGAAUAAGGCUGAUAGGAGCACACAGUGGAGGGAACCUCGGCUCGCCAGCCUCCUCAAGCACAACAAAUAAGAAUGCAAUUGCAGGCCUGAGCAGAUCAGGCUACCUGAAAUCCACAACAUAGAGCGGCAUGCCUCUUACUUUGACAUGCCUCUCUAUUCCAGCAUGAUUAGCCGUACACCACAUGGGUACUUUGAGACCCCUGUUUUAGAGGGAUUGCUUACACAGCAAGGCACUAGACAAAUCCUUAUAUAUCAUUAUGUUUCUGGAAAUUCAACUCUUAACAUGUUGUGAAGUAGUUUAAGCUUCUAGAUGGUUUUGCUUAAUUACAUUUACAAUAUUACAACUUUUUACACAACGGUAAACUGUAACUAAUCCAAUAAUACUCUCAUUAAGACUGGACUACAUGGUUUGAAUAGAGUUACAUUUUGGGUGAGUAUCACAAUUAAUAAAAGGGCAGAAUUUAUAAAAUGAGAUUACUGAAUACUACAAACAUCGAUUUUGUAAAUUAUUGUUUUUAAAUUUUAUUUUUAUUUUUUUGGAUUUAAUACAGUUAUUGCACAUAAGUAGUUGUGCUUUUAUUCUUAUACAAGAACAUGAAUAAAAACAAAUUGUAAAUGGUUUGUCUUUUUUAUUUUGAAUGAAAACCAUGCUGUAUAUUUUUCUAAUAUCAAAAUAAAUGAAGUCAACGUGCUGUAAAAUGGCUUUCUUUAGAAGCUGAAAUUAAAAGAAAUCUCCAGAAAAAAAGGGGAUGAUAUAUGCAAUUUUGUUUAGCUAACAGUCCAGAAGAAUUGAUUUUCAGUAGGCCUCUCUAUGCUAAAUCAUGUUCUGACAAACCCAGCAAAAAUGCAUUAAAUGAACACUGUAUUCCUGAACCUAUAGUGUUAAAACCACCAUUUAGGUGGCUUGCCCCCCUUAGAAGGGGUUAAAACUCACCUUGUUUCCAGCGCCAACCUGGUCCACCGGGACUUAAUUUGCACUUCCCGGCCUUCCUUCUUCGUCAAAUUAGGAAUUAAGCAGCGUAGCUAGCUAUAUAUUUCCUAGAACUUCUACUGAACAAGAUUUUGCUUGCACCUAUGAGUCUUACAUAUGAAUUCCAUAAGAGAACUGGAAAACACUGGAGGCAUUGGCCCUCUGGCUGAGAAGUGCUAGUGAAAUGCCCCAUCGUGAUUCUGUUUAAUCAAGCAAGUGAAAUAAAAGCCAUGUGUUGAAUACAAUUGAAAAGUUUAGCAACCAAAUUCUAUCACCCAAAAUAUUAAUAACUGUGAACAUGAAAUAUUGGUCCGAAACAUUAGAUUACAAUAAUACAAACUGCAUGCACAGAAAAUGACAGUGGCAAACUAUAG